AUGGACCACGGCGGCAUGGACCACGGAGGAGGAGGGAUGGACAUGGGACACAGGUGCAACAUGAACAUGCUCUUCACCUGGGACACGACGGACCUGUGCAUCAUCUUCCGCUGGUGGCACGUCGGGUCGACCGCCACCCUCCUGCUCUCCCUCGUCGCGGUGGCCGUGCUCACGGCCGGCUACGAGGCCGUGCGGGAGGCGGGCCGGAGGUACGAGUCGAGCGGCGCCGAGUACGGGAACAGUCUGCCGAGUGAUGAUGAUGAUGAUGGUGAUGAUGAUGGUGCUGGUCGAGAUCGGGGCUCAUUUCUCUGGUCAGGGAAGGGCGCCGGGCGACAGGAGAAGAGGGUUAGACUGGUCAAGGCCGCGUUUUACGCGGUGCAGGUGUUUUACAGCUUCUUCAUUAUGCUUCUGUUCAUGACAUACAAUGGCUGGGUCAUGCUUUCCGUGGCCGUGGGGGCAUUUAUUGGCUACCUUGGUUUUGGUAAUUCUAGCCCAACAAAGAGCGUGGCGUGCCAUUGA